AUGUUUUUUUUUUUUUUCCUGAGUUCAGUCGAAGGCCCAAUGAAAGCCCAGAAGUGAGGUAUAAAUGGCGUGGAGUGGAGUAGAGAGAAAACCUAAAUCGCAUCAAUCCAUCCAUCCCGCGCUCGCUUACAGGAAAGGGAGAAGAAGGUUAAGCGUGAGAUUCCCGGGUCCGAUCCGAGGUUAUGGAAAUUCAGAAGAACUGCGACAAUAUGAAGAGGGGAAAGAAGAAGUUCUUGAUGAAGAUGAAGAAGGUAAAGGUCUUGAUGGAGGAGAAGGUAAAGGAGGAGGUCUUGAUGGAGGAGAAGGUAAAGAAGGGCUUGUGGUUCGGAACUUUCGCGAUGUUCCAAUACAGCGGAAGUUCGAUGACUACCAAAUCUUCCGUGGCAGACCGUCAAUCUACCGUGCUAAUCCGUACCAUAGUUUUAAAGCUUUCAUACUCCAACUUUACGCUAAGUUGGGUCUUCAUCGUUACAAUAUUCUCCAGGUAACUUAUAUACACUAGUAACGAUCUUUCUUUUCUUGAGGAUAUAUAUAUAUAUAUAUAUAUAUAUAUAUAUUUCUAUUGGAUUUAAUCUUAUUAGUUGGGCCUUCAUCGUUACAAUAUUCUCGCGUCUCGUGGUAAGAUAUCAAUCAAUUUUUACUAUUUUACGGGAAAGACUUGAAGGUCAAUACUAUAUAUAAAUACAUCAUGUCCACGGGUUGUGCUGCUUGCCAAUACCGCAUAACUUUUGAUGUCAAGGAUCCACGGGAGACGCCACUUCAAAAUUUUGAGAUUCAAGUUAAUGAAAAAAAAUAUAACAGUCUCCUUUUGACGUGCACUAUGGCUGGACCUCUAGGGGAACCCAUGAAUGGCAACAGAUGGGGUGGAAGCGUCUCAGAUAUAAAGCUUCUCUCAGAUUUCUUACCUGACUUGCCGCCAGUGAAUCCUUUCCAAGAUGAUACUUCAGACCGGUUUUACGUGCUGAAAAAAUCAGAGGUGAAGAAAAAUGACUGGAUUCGUCUGUAUUUGGAACUCGCAGUUGCCACAGCUAAUAGGACCCAUAGCAGAUUUGGUGUGGCCAAUUUGAAGAUUCUUAGAGUGGCUAUGGAAACUCCACGAGAACAUGUGUUGCCCAUUACCGAGGGACUUGGCGCCUAUGAUGCUAUUUUCUACAUUAGGUACACAGACUCAUGCAAGGCUCGGGCUGGCGACGAUGUUGAUCGUGUUGCUGUUGUCAGAAGAAUCUUGGAUGACCAUACGGAAGUCUUUAGACUCGUGGGUCGCACUCACAGCAUCAGAUUAUUAGGGAACGGGGAAUCCCAGAAGACAGAUGUGCAUGGCUCGGAGGACAUAGAGAUUCCACAGGACAAUCAGACAUGAUGGAUGGUUUCAACGGACAUUGGUGGGGUUGUACUCAUAGCGCUCUCAAACCAUGGAAGCUGCCUUGUCGUCUGCACAAUAUAUAUUUGAUCCAUUUGAAUAUGUGGAUCCGAAUAAUGAACCCGUUGACUAAGUUAUUUGGUGCCUUAGGAUUGUUAUGUGGAUUGCUUUUGUGCAACGUUUUGUAGAUUUUAA